CGACUAUGAUUUGCUAGUUGAAUGAAAUUGAAGAAGGAAUUUUCGUGUUUUCAAUAUAUUUCUAAUCCAAAGACUUGUUUUGCAUUUCCAAUUGUUGCGAUAAAUAUUACGCUGUGAUAGGAUUUGAAGAUUGGGAAUUCAAUUUCGUAACAAACUUAUUCCAAAUCCCGCGCGGAUUCCAACAUUUAUGACAUUUUGUUGCCGUCCUCAUUUCUCGUGCAAAUGGAUGAUACUGUGAUUUCUCCAGGUAAUAAAAUGGCUGAUUCUGCGUCCGAAAGUGAUUCAAGCUCCUUGGAUGGCGGUGCAAUGUUGCCUCCCAGCACGGUUUCUCGUGAUCAGCUCCAAAAACGUAUAGAAUCUCUACAACAACAGAAUAGAGUUUUGAAGGUAGAGUUGGAUACUUACAAACUUCGAGUGAAAUCUCUGCAAGAAGAAAACCGUGCCUUGAGACAGGCUUCUGUUUCAAUACAAGCAAAGGCUGAACAAGAAGAGGAAUAUAUUUCAAACACACUUUUAAAGAAAAUUCAAGCUCUAAAGAAAGAGAAAGAAACCCUUGCUCAUCAUUAUGAACGUGAAGAGGAAUGUCUAACAAAUGAUUUGUCCAGGAAACUGAAUCAGUUACGGCAAGAGAAAUGUCGUCUAGAACAGACCUUAGAGCAGGAACAAGAAUGUCUUGUCAACAAACUGAUGAGGAAAAUCGAGAAACUUGAGGCUGAAACUCUUGCUAAACAAACUAAUUUGGAAAGACUUCGCAGAGAAAAGGUGGAGCUUGAAAACACUUUGGAGCAAGAGCAGGAAGCAUUAGUAAACAGGCUUUGGAAGCGAAUGGACAAGUUGGAGGCAGAGAAACGGUCUUUGCAAAUAAGACUGGACCAGCCUGUUUCCGACCCUGCCAGUCCUAGGGACAUCAGUAAUGGUGACACAGCAUCCAAUUUAAGCAAUCACAUUCAAACGCUGCGCUCCGAGGUUGUUAAAUUAAGGAAUCAGUUAGCAGUUUCUCAAAAUGAAAACAAGGAGAAGAUGCAUCGCCUGGCCUUAGAGGAGAAACAUAUCAGGGAGGAGAAUCUUCGCUUGCAGCGGAAACUUCAGCAGGAGGUCGAGCGGCGUGAAGCACUUUGCCGGCACCUCUCUGAAAGCGAGUCCUCGCUAGAAAUGGAAGAGGAAAGACAAUUUAAUGAAGCUCUAAGUGCGCGGUCGCGCAGCGUGUCGUCGCCGGGCGGGUCGCGGCCGCUGUCGCCGUACGCGCCGCCGCUGCUGCCCGCCGCCUGUCUCCGCCCCGCGCUACACUUCAACUCUCAGCGGCGGCCAAACGACCGGUUCGUGAAGCCGCUGGUGCCGGCGGGCGUGGGCGCGGGCGCGGGUGCGGUGAGUGCGGGCGCGGCGAGUGCCCCCCCCGCGCCCGCCGCCGCGCGCCCCGCGCCCGCCCUGCUGCAGCCCGCCAGCCCCAUGGACACCUCAUCCAAGGACUAGACUUCUGACCGUCUCCUACACUAACCGCCGAUGCUAGUUUUGUUAUGCCGGCUCCACACUAUCGCGGAACAGUUCCGAACCUGUCAUGUGUUGCUGGUUAUCAUUGCGGUAAAUAAAAGCACUCAUACAAACUACGCGAUGUUCAUGCUUUCACGUCGGCGUCUGUCCGAGUUUGGCGAUAGUGUGGAGCCUACAUUAAAGUGCAUCCGCACAAUAUGUAUCCACUUGGUCUCACUCUGUUGGAAUAUUGCUUAAAAUCAUGUUAAUAGUUGACCGCCGAUGCUAGUUUUGUAACAAAUGCAUCCACGCAACAAUUAUUUCAAUUCUUCUGUCGACCGUCAGAGUUGAAAAGGGCGUCAGACUUAUCACUUAUAUUAAAACAUGGCUUAAACAAAUGAAGUAUAACGCUUUUAAGGUCCGGUUUAAACUAUACUGAACAUCUUAUCCCAAUAAAGUUAGGUCGAAAUGCAAAUAAUUUUUUAAAUUUCUUUUAAUUAAUUUAAAUUUUUAUUAUUAGACUUAGCAUACCUCAACUCAUGGUAAUACCACUAGGUGAAGUGUGUUAUUAUCAUAUUUCUUUAAACAUUUAUUAGGGAAAAUGGUUCAGCAUCAUUGUCUGGAUUAACCGCUGAAAUUGUUAAGAACAUAACUUAAAAGAGUCCUAUAAGCAAAAAAUGUUUUGACCCACACUAACAAGGCCAUUUAAAAUCUUUUACAAUUUACACAACUAUAUUGUUUUUUGUGGAUAUAUCUUAUGGUCGCUUAGUAAACUAUACAUUUGACGCCAAAGGCUUGCUAAUUACUAUAGUUUACUAUUUCUGCCUUCAAAAAACUAGCAUCGAAUGACGUGGAUCAAAAGUAUUUCCGUACAGGAAUGAAUGUAUGCAUCCUAUACAAAAAUCAUCCUAUACAUUGAUUCUUACAUAAAUCGAUUCAUCUCUAUCUCAUGAUACAUUUACCAUAAAGACUACACACGAUGAUAAAAGUCUAUGGCGAUACACUUUUUCAUAUUAAAAAUAAUGUAAUGAUAAUAUGUGAUAUCCCUAUCGCUGAGAUAAGGCGGUGUUCAUCUAAAUAUAUGUAGUCUUUGACGUUGAUGUAGUUGUCAACUAUUGAAAUCAAUCCCAAAAAGAUCGUCCCAUACAGUUUGAAGUAAAUAUAAAUUAUGUAAUAUUAUUCGAAAAUGUUUCUUUGAAUUGUCAUUGAAUUGGGUUUGAUGAUAGAGGCAAAAAAUCCUCUAUUGAAAUUACAUACUGUUUAUUCAGACAAAUUGUUGUAGUCGUUUAUGUUGUUGAAACUUGGCAGCAUCUUUGUAUACAUCGGUAUUAAAAGCGCACAUUGAGUUCGUAUACACUGCUGAAUUGAAGUCGUAGCUACGUAACUUGGCAACUGCGAUAUUCAUCGGUUGGGAUAUCUAAAGAUCGCGUUUCGACUGAAAAUCUGUGCUGAGAGCCUGAAACUUUCAAAAUUACAGAUUUUUAGUACUUGUCCUUUUCAAGAGUGCAAAUAUGUAGAUACAGAUUGCAACGCCCCCUGUUAUUUCGUUAGUGGUGUUAUUGAGUCAGUUGUCUUCUGUAUUUAUUAUUUAUUGUUUUAUUUUUGCUCUUCUAUGACUAAAUCUUUUUUUUUGCAAUAAUGAGUAACUGGAGCAAAUUGUGAUUUUGUAGACUUUUAGGUUAUCUUUAAUAUUAAUAUAUAACUUCUUUAUUUAGGGGGUAGUUAUAUAAAAGUAGUGUAUGGCAGCAAAAUUAAAAUGAGUGUCAUCGUUUUCGGAUAUGAGACAUAAUCCGAUGAUUUUAUUUCGGUUGUAAGAACAGCGAUGGUAUCGAUACUGUAAACUAUUACACUAAGCUCCUGCAUCGACGCCCGUUACAGGGAUGCAAUUCUUUAUGGUCUUGUCAGAAAUUAUAUUGUAUAUUGUACUAUAAUCGAAGAUUGAGUAUGUAAUCUAAAUAAUAGUCAGAAAUAUCAUAUUAUAAUUAUAUUUACCAAAAGCUUGGAUUUUUUUAUGUUUAAUCUGGCAAUUUCUCGCAACAUGCGAUUCUCAAAAAAGUCAUUGGCUGGGUGGCCUAGAGAAUUGCCUACCUGGGUUUAGUGCAGAAUGACACUUGCUCACUAUGUUGGAGUAUUGCUUAUGAAUCAUGUAAAUAGUUGACCAAAGUGUCGUUCUAGUUGUCAACGAUGUUGCACAUCGCUCACUGCCCAAUUGGCUUACCAAUUUGGCUGAUUGAUUUAUUUAAUUGAUAAAAAUAUAUUUAAUUGUAAAAAUAUAUUUAAUUGAUAAAAAUAUCCCGUAUUUUUGUUCAGUUUACUGAUGUAAAUUAGCGAAGUGUGAUGUGUCAAAGUAAAUGCCUGUCUAAAUGACUAUCAGACCUCGAUACGACGUUCUGAUAGUACCUAAUAACCUUGUUCCGACCGAUUAUUGAAUAAUUUGCUGAUUUUGGCUUUGAAAUUUGCGGCAGUGGGUUUUUAUUAUUGUUAUAGGCUGUGUUCAAAUUCACCUGUGGAGGUGAUAUAAGAUUAUAGAAAGAUUGUAAUCUAUUUGGAUAUAUCACAAGCAGGGUCUAUCGAACUACUCCCCAGUGAUGUUGUAGUGUAGGUCUGUAUGAUACGUUAAGAAUGUUGUGUUGUGCCCUUAAGGGUAUUGUUGUGUUCGUUAGCCACUGGGGGAGUAGGGAGUGAAGCUCUUGAACUCAAUUCAAUUAUGCAAUUUUUCACUUAAACAUUAUAUUUUUUUUUCAAUGUUAUAAUAAAAUAAAAUAUAUGCAUUAAUAUUACUA